UAAAUACGCACGCUUGCACCUUACUCCGCCGAGUCGCCCCCCGCCGUCUUCCAGAUUCAGAUCCAUCGUCCAUGCCGCUCGCUUCUCCACUUCUGUAAGCGCCUCCUCCUCAUCUCCCCCGUUCAGUCCUCCCUCGCAAAACCGCGAGACAAAGACUCGCGGGAGCCCUCGCGCCGCCGCUCUGCACCGCCGUUCUCGCGGCAUCGUCGGCCCGGGCGCCCAACCCGCGGGCGCAUCGCUCUACCGCAGUAGCGGCCAUGGCGCAGCCGCUUGUUGUGAAGAAGGACGACGACUUAGACGAGGAAGAGUACUACUCGCCGUUCCUCGGCAUCGAGAAGGGCGCCGUCCUGCAGGAGGCCCGCGUCUUCCACGACCCGCAGCUCGACGCGCGGCGAUGCUGCCAGGUGAUCACCAAGCUUCUAUACCUGCUCAACCAGGGUGACACCUUUACCAAGGUAGAGGCCACAGAGGUCUUCUUCGCUACGACCAAGUUGUUUCAGUCCAAAGAUGCUGGACUUAGGAGGAUGGUGUACCUCAUGAUCAAGGAACUCUCGCCAUCAGCGGAUGAGGUUAUUAUAGUGACAAGUUCUCUGAUGAAGGAUAUGAAUAGCAAGACUGAUAUGUAUCGUGCAAAUGCUAUAAGAGUUCUUUGCCGGAUCAUUGAUUCGACUCUUCUCACCCAAAUUGAGAGGUAUUUGAAGCAAGCUAUCGUUGACAAGAACCCUGUUGUUGCCAGUGCGGCCCUUGUUAGUGGCAUUUACCUGCUUCAGACAAGUCCGGAAGUUGUGAAAAGAUGGAGCAAUGAGGUUCAGGAGGCUGUACAGUCGAGAGCUGCUCUUGUUCAGUUUCAUGCCCUUGCUCUUCUUCACCAAAUUAGACAAAAUGACCGGUUGGCUGUUAGCAAGCUUGUCACUAGUCUGACAAGGGGUUCAGUUCGCUCACCUCUGGCCCAGUGCCUACUUAUUCGGUACACUAGCCAGGUUAUUAGAGAGUCAGGCAUGAAUACACAAGGUGGAGACCGCCCUUUCUUUGAUUUCCUGGAGUCCUGUCUCCGGAACAAAGCAGAAAUGGUCAUACUUGAGGCUGCACGAGCAAUAACUGAUCUAAAUGGUGUGACCAGCCGUGAGCUUACACCUGCAAUCACGGUGCUGCAAUUGUUCUUAAGUUCAUCCAAACCUGUGCUUAGAUUUGCUGCUGUUCGCACACUUAACAAGGUUGCAUCAACUCAUCCUUUGGCCGUUACAAAUUGUAACAUAGAUAUGGAGAGUUUAAUCUCUGAUCAGAACAGGAGCAUCGCAACCCUUGCAAUUACCACACUGCUCAAGACAGGCAAUGAAUCAAGUGUUGAUCGUUUAAUGAAACAGAUGACCAACUUUAUGUCAGACAUAGCCGACGAAUUCAAGAUUGUUGUUGUAGAAGCAAUUAGAUCCUUGUGCUUGAAGUUCCCCCUCAAAUAUCGCUCACUGAUGAACUUUUUGAGCAAUAUCCUACGUGAAGAGGGUGGAUUUGACUACAAGAAAGCUAUAGUUGAUUCAAUUAUCAUACUCAUUAGAGAUAUUCCUGAUGCUAAAGAAAGUGGUUUAUUUCACUUAUGUGAAUUCAUCGAAGACUGUGAAUUCACGUAUCUGUCCACUCAGAUCCUUCACUUUUUGGGAAAUGAAGGGCCGAAGACAUCAGACCCUAGUAAAUACAUACGCUAUAUAUACAAUAGAGUGAUACUUGAAAAUGCCACUGUUCGAGCUAGUGCAGUAAGUACAUUGGCAAAGUUUGGUGCUUUGGUUGAUGCACUCAAGCCUCGCAUAUUUGUCCUUUUGAGGCGUUGCCUGUUUGAUGGUGAUGAUGAGGUCCGGGACAGAGCGACACUUUACAUCAAAUUGCUUGAUGGUGAAGCUACUGUUGGUGAGACUGAGAAGGAUGUGACCGACUUUCUCUUUGGUUCACUUGAUGUUCCACUAGCUAACUUGGAGGCCAGCCUGCGGAAUUAUGAACCAUCAGAGGUACCUUUUGAUAUUUCAUCUGUACCCAAGGAAACAAAAUCACAACCCCUUGCUGAGAAAAAGGCUACAGGCAAGAAAUCAACAGGGCCAGCAUCUGCUGUCAAUGGCCCUGUUCCGACCAUUGAUGCAUCCUAUGAGAAGCUUCUUUCAUCCAUUCCUGAGUUUGCUGGUUUUGGGAAACUCUUUAAGUCAUCAACACCUUUUGAAUUGACUGAAGCCGAGACCGAAUAUUCAGUCAAUGUUGUGAAGCACAUCUAUGAUGGGCAUGUUGUGCUUCAAUACAACUGUACAAAUACAAUACCUGAACAACUGCUUGAAGAGGUCGUGGUGUUUGUUGACGCUUCUGAGGCAGAAGAAUUUUCAGAAGUUGCAUCGAAACCUUUAAGAUCCUUGCCUUAUGAUUCCCCUGGACAGGCCUUUGUGGCCUUUGAAAAGCCAGAAGGUGUCCUUGCCACCGGGAAGUUCUCAAAUAUAUUGAAAUUCAUUGUUAAAGAGGUUGAUUCGUCCACAGGUGAAGCUGAGGAUGAUGGUGUUGAGGACGAGUAUCAGCUAGAAGAUUUUGAAAUUAUUUCUGCUGAUUAUAUGUUGAAGGUGGGGAUUUCGAACUUCCGAAAUGCUUGGGAAAGCAUGGAUCCGGAAAGUGAGCGGGUUGAUGAGUAUGGACUCGGUGUUAGGGAGAGCUUGGCCGAGGCUGUGAGUGCUGUUAUAAGCAUCCUCGGCAUGCAGCCUUGCGAGGGAACUGAUGUUGUCCAAAACAAUUCGAGAUCGCACACUUGCCUGCUCUCAGGUGUGUUCAUUGGUAAUGUGAAAGUUCUAGUGAGACUUUCAUUUGGAAUCAGCGGGCCCAAAGAAGUGGCCAUGAAGCUAGCAGUCAGAUCAGAUGAUCCGGAGGUCAGUGACAGGAUCCAUGAAAUUGUUGCAAACGGCUAAAACUACCAGCAAGAGUUUUUUGGUUGACCUUUUUGUUGUUUUGGCUUUCAAUCUGCUGAAAGCACAAGGGAUUUCGAUUAAUUAUAGUAUAUGGCUAUAUGUAAGUUGGUUUUCUCGUUGGAAUCCCACUGUUGUUGCAGCACCAUUCUUGUUCAACGCAGUAAAACAAAUUUUUGAUUGAUUUGGAACCACACUAUUUUCUUAUAUCCCCCUGGACUUGAAAAGUACAUGCAAUAAUACUGAAAUGGAAUGUCCAAUGCAUCA